AAACAGAAGCGGAUCUUCCAGACGCUGCUCCUGCUGACAGUGGUGUUCGGCUUUCUCUACGGCGCGAUGCUCUACUACGAGCUGCAGACGCAGCUGCGGAAAGCCGAGGCGGUGGCGCUCAAGUACCAGCAGCACCAGGAGUCCCUCUCUGCCCAGUUGCAAGUCAUUUCCCAGCCGGAUUGAAGUGGAUUCAGGCUCCUUCCCCAAGUGCCUGGUGACAAGUGCCUCGUUGUGUAUGAACACAGAUCAAGAUUAGAGAAAUCUUUACAAAAGGAAAGACUUGAGCAUAAGAAAGCAAAGGAAGAUUUCCUUGUUUACAAGUUAGAAGCACAAGAAACACUGAAUAAAGGAAGGCAAGACUCCAAUAGCAGAUACAGUGCACUGAAUGUCCAACAUCAGAUGUUAAAAAGUCAACAUGAGGAGUUGAAGAAACAACACAGUGACUUGGAAGAGGAACAUCGCCAACAAGGGGAAGACUUCAGUAGAACAUUCAAUGACCACAAGCAGAAAUACUUGCAGCUUCAGCAAGAAAAAGAACAAGAACUUUCUAAGCUAAAAGAAACUGUAUACAAUUUGAGAGAAGAGAAUAGACAGCUGAGGAAAGCACACCAAGACAUACACACACAACUGCAAGAUGUCAAGCAACAGCAUAAGAAUUUACUCUCCGAGCAUGAACAACUUGUAGUGACUUUGGAAGACCACAAGAGUGCACUAGCUGCUGCACAGACUCAAGUUGCAGAAUAUAAACAGCUGAAAGAUACUCUGAAUAAGAUUCCAAGCCUUCGAAAAUCUGACCAAGCAGAGCUGCAGAAUGUUACCCUUACUCAGGUGGCACAGUCUCCACAAGGUUACAACACAGCAAGGAGGCACCCAACUGGAAAGCCACAAGAGGUGUCUCGAAACAGUGAUAUGUGGCAGAAACAAGAAGGAAUGCCUGGAAGAGCAGAAGAAAUGAAACCUUAUCCUCCCACCCAGAAGGGUGUAGAAUUCCAGGCUGCAGCAGAGUACAACCCACACCAAAUGGAACCAAGAGAGCCAGAGGAGCACCAGGUGGAAGAAGAGCACAGAAAGGCCCUGGAAGAGGAGGAAAUGGAGCAGGUUGGGCAGGCUGAACAUCUCGAGGAAGAACAUGAUCCAUCGCCAGAAGAGCAGGACCGCGAGUGGAGAGAGCUGCAUGAACAGAAGGAAGCAGCCAACCUGCUGGAAGGGCGUGCUCAUGCUGAGGCACACCCUUCAGCCAAGCUGGUUACCAAAUUCCGGUCCUUGUACGAGGAGCAAUUGGAGCAGCAGAGACUGGCAGUGAGAAGGGAUGAGGAGGCCGAGCGGCUGCGAAAACGCCAGGAAGCCUUGCACCAGCAGAGGCUGCAGGGACAACUGUUAUGGCAGCGGCAACAGCAGGAGCAGCAGCUUCUGGCCAGAGAGAUGGCUCAGCAGAGGGAGGCUGGGCACAAGAAGGGCCAGCAGCAGCACCAGGAGCAGCUACGGCAGCAAGCUCAUUAUAACGCUGUGGAUAAUGAUAUUGUUCGGGGGCCAGAGGACCAGGGAGUGCAAGAAGAGGAAGGAGGCGCCUAUGAAAGAGAAAACCAGCACCAAGAUGAAGCUGAAGGAGACCUAGGUAACCGACAUGAGCCCCAUGAACAAGGACCCCGAGAAGCCGACCCAGAAUCUGAGGCAAAUAGGGCAGCUGUAGAGGAUAUUAACCCAGCGGAUGACCCAAAUAAUCAAGGUGAAGAUGAAUUUGAGGAAGCAGAGCAAGUGAGAGAAGAAAAUUUGCCUGAUGAAAAUGAAGAGCAACAACAAAGUGAUCAAAAGCAAGAGAAUGCGGAAAUGGAAGAACAUUUGGUGAUGGCAGGAAAUCCAGACCAGCAGGAGGAUAAUGUUGAUGAACAGUACCAGGAAGAGGGAGAGGAGGAGGUAGUAAGAUCACAGGAGGUUCAGGAAGAUUUGACUGAAGAGAAAAAAAGGGAACUGGAGCAUAAUGCUGAGGACACCUAUGGGGAAAAUGAUGAAAACGCUGAUGAUAAAAACAAUGAUGGAGGAGAAGAGCAAGAAGUCCAAGAUGACAACCACCCAAAAGGUGGAGAGGAACACUAUGAAGAGGAGGAAGAAGACGGGGCUGCUGUUGCUGAGAAAUCACAUCGAAGAGCUGAAAUGUAGCUGUGCCCAAUUUCCAGGCAGUGCUCAGCCAAUGAAUUUUUUUCAAGCUGCUCUAAAAUAAAUCUGCCUACUGAAUGCUAGGAUAUUUAAUUACAAAAAUUAAGAAUUUAGACUUUUUAAACUUUUUAUUAGAAAGACUCAUACAUUUAUAUGAAUAUAUUUUGAUAACUUAGGUUAGAACUUCUUUUAUAUUCAAGCUAAACAUGUACCAGAAAAAAAAACAGUAAACAUACCUUAGGCUCUGAAUCUUAUUUUUCAUGGAACAUGUGAUAAGAUGUGGAAAGAGCAUUGCUUUUGUAAAUGUCUCAUGUUGUUUUUUUCCUGUCUCCUGAUUUCCAUGUUCUGUUUGCCUUUGAUAAAUACAGGAUUUUAUAACAAGGAAUUUGGCAAAAUGCUGAACACACUUUAUAAAAAGUGACUAGUCUACUAAUUGUUUCUCUUUGAGGCUCUUAUGUAUAGUUCUGAUAAAAUUCUCACCAGUCUGCAUUUCUGGGAUGAGAGUGACACACAAUUAAAAAUCCAUUUUUGUUGCAGAGUAAAGACAUUGUUUUUCAAAAUUUUUAGGUCUGUUAGAAACAUGUAUGGCAUUACUUAAUAUUGCAAUAGUUCUGCUGGAAAGGAAGGUUAAAAAUGAGAUAGUACUAAAACUCAUGUAGUAAUAUCUUGAAUUUAAUCUGGUAUUUCACUGUUCAAAAAAGAUAUAUCAGUGUCUUAACCUUUUUGAAGGAUUGAUGACAAACUAAUUUAGUGGGUAUUUGUGGUGUUUGCUAUGUGCACACCUAUUCGCAAUAUGUUUUUUGAAGUCACUUAGUUAUAUCUUUAUUUCAGUAGCUAGUUCUUUAUAGUAAUAUAUAUUUCUCCUUUAAGCUAAGCUCUGUGCCUCAAUAUAUAGUCUCUUUUAUGACAGUUAUGAAUAUGAAGGCAUACCUAACUGUACAACUUAAUAGGAUUAUUUUUCAAAACUAUAUGGCAUAAUAACUUUCACAGUAGUAUCCAGAAAAAUUAAAUGCUUAGGAAUUAACCUAACCAAGGACAUGAAAGACCUCUGUAGUGAAAACUGCAGUACUCUGCAAGUAGAUAUGAAUGAUAGACCCUUGUGGCUUUUCUAUUGCUGAGAAUCAGUUUGCCUUCUUCUUACAUACAAGGUAUUUUAAUGAAUAUGAAUUAUAAUAGAUCCCUUUAAAGAGGAAAUUAAAAAUUUCUGCUGAAAUAAAGACAUUUUAGUUGCAGACAAAAAAUUUAAAUAUACAGAACUAGGUUAUAUAGUUCAUAUGUGUGGUUUUAAAAUAAGGCUUUCAAAAUAAUAUAAACAAAUUCCAUUUUUUGCUAUUAUUGUAUGAAUGUAAUUUUGUUUGCUAAUAACCACACUCAUGUAUAGUUUUGAUUAUCCCAGGUGAGCAAUUAUGUAUGUAUGCAUAGGAAUACUGUGUUCAAAUGUAUUUUGGGUUUCCAAUAAUCAUAAAUCAAAUCUUACCUUUAUGUAUAAAAACUUUUUAUGUAAUGUAAAAUGUAUAAUAUUGUACAUAAUAUUCAAAAUACAAUUAUUUUGGUAAAUUAGUUUGUAUUUUUAAUGUCCCAGUUGCAAUAUUUAAUUAUUUGAAACAUAUUAAAACUUGGUAAUAGUCAAUAAAGCUAUAAAAAGCAAGUAGUAAAUCUG